GAUUUCGCAUUCUUGCCAGCACUGCUCGAUACGGUCGCGAUCAUGCGACAUCUAGCGGCACGACUGAGAUUGAUGUGAAAUAACGUGGUGAUAUGACUGGAUAUGAAACCAGGAUAUGACAUCGUGAAGACAAGGCGUCGCGCGCCAAGAAAUAAAAGCCCAACUAUUAAAUGAAUAUUUUUAAUUAAAAUGUGAACGUCCUUCCAACAGUGUUUAUGGCCUCAGAAUUAUACUUACCUCUGUUAAAAAUAUUAAUUUUAUAGGACAGGAGGUGUAACGAAGAAGUCAUAUCAACGGCCACUGUAGAAAUAUGGAAGUAUAAAUUUCUUUGCCAUUGAAUUUCUAUCGUUGCCUUUUAAAACGACGUCAAAACAUUUGGAUGUGGUUCGAAGUGUAACAAAUAAUUGGGACUACCUGGCAUAUUGCUAACAUUUUCUACAUAUAAUCGUUAAAAAAAGCGAGUUCACGCAGCGAAUGUUUUGUUGAAUUUUGAUGUAGGCCAGUUCAAUUGCAUUUGUGUUCUUGAGAUGUAAAGUGUUUCGUAGGUUAUCAGUGGUUGACGGUGUUUUACUACGUUUGUGGUGCUUAAUAGGUGAAAGCUUGGCAUACUUUUGCAAUCGUGGAUAAAUUUCACCGAGUAUUGAAGUUCCUAAUUGUUUCUUGGGUACCAGCUAGAUCCAUGAUUUUUUUUGUGAUACAUUAUAAAAUUUUGUUGCUGGUAUUUUUGUAACUUAAUUUGCGCAAUAUAUUGCGGUGUAAAAUGGAUGCACAGGUUCUUCAAGAAAGUUCUCAACCUUUCUCACGCUCCGAACGUGUGGAAUUGUGGUUGAAACAUUCUGAAGAAUUCUAUCAAAGAAAUAUAGGGGAAAAUACUGGAAAAAGGAAACGUGUUUCAAGCAUUAACGACUUAGCAAAUUCAGAUGUUGAGGAUGAUGUGGAAAGAUAUUCUGAUGAUCUUAUUCUUUGGGAACCUCGUGCUUCAAGACGUCCAGCAGAAUCUAGAAAAAAAUAUAAGUGGAACCAAUUUCCACUCCUGUUAAAAUGUGAAUGGUUAAACUGUAUCCAUGAAAAUUCAUCUCUUGAGGAUUUUGUGAAGCAUGUUAGUUAUCAUAUUCCUGAAGUGAAUAUUAUAUCUGAUGAUAAAAAUAAUGAUAUAUUCAUGUGCCAGUGGAAAGCCUGUGAAUUUCAGACAUCAAGUGAUAAAGAAUUUGUGAGACAUGUGAAUUUCCAUUCUUACCACACCAAGUUGAUGGCCAUUGGAGAGAAAAUGAUGGAGUUAUUGAAGUUACCAAAAUGUGUGGGAAAUCCUGAUCAACGGAGUAUGCUGCCUAGUUUACCAGCGGAGUUUUCAUGUGAGUGGGAGGACUGUGCACGUGUCUUCAAUAAUUCACAGAUGUUUUUCUUCCAUGUUGCUUCACAUCUGUCAUGCUAUAAUGGCCGAAAGUCAAAUGUUAAGAAAAUUCGAGAUAUUCAUUGUUGCUGGCUGGGAUGUUCUGGGAAAUUUUAUAGUCUCUGCAAACUAGCGGAACACGUGAAAGUUCACACUCAGGAGAAACUCGCAGCUUGUCCUACAUGUGGAGGACUUUUUGCAUCUGCUACAAAACUCCAUGAUCACUGUAUGACACAAGCUGAUCCUAAAAUAGAAUUCAGGUGUACCUCGUGUUUCAAGUAUUAUCCAUCAGAACGUUUACUUCGUGAUCACAUGCGACGCCAUGUGAGUCACAUCAAAUGUUCAUUUUGUGAUAUGACGUGCUCAUCUCCAUCAUCUUUAAGCCUGCAUAUAAGAUUUAGACACCUGAAUUCCAAACCUUUUAAGUGCAAUUUUUGUAAUUUUGCGGUGAAGACUCGGAGGGAUUUGGAGUCUCACUUGCGUGUUCACUCAUCUGAAGCUAAUUUUGAGUGCCCUUUUGAAACUUGUGGAUAUUCUUGCCGGACAUCGGCAACUAUCAACAAACAUGUGCAAGAUGUACAUUACGGUGGGUCUAAGCCUUUAUACUGUUGUCAUAUAUGCAAUGAUCGUUUCUUCAAUGGAUAUAAGUUGACUAGACAUUUAUUUAAGUACCACAACUUCCAGUGGUCAUCUGGUCAUUCUAGAUUUACUUACACACGAAAUGAAGAUGGUUAUUUUCGACUGAAACCUUUCCGAUUAGAAACUUUGGAAGUCACGCAGGAAAUUCUUCAGGCUGAGAUGGAUGAACAUCCCGCUAGCCUAUCAGAAGUUUGUGGCAGUCAUUAUAGCGUUCGACAAAUAACUCGCACAGAGACUGCUGGUGGCAAAAGAAAUGGUAGAGGAAGAAAAACAGUGGUCAUUUCUAUAGAUGAAAUUGAUAAGACAGGAGAUGUUGUUCAUAGAGAAGUAAUGGAAACAGAAGAGGUACCUUCUCAGGGAAGAGGUGGAGCAGUUGUGUGCUAUUACUCGGAAGGUGAUGGCAUGAAUAGUGCAAAUGUUCAAAGUGACACGGAAAAGAAUUAAGCAUUAUUUGGAUGUGCUACUAUUCAAAGUGUAAUGGAUUUAUAUACUUCUCUGAAAUCAUAUCAUUCAAAUAAUGUACAUAAUAUAUUGAGAAGUAAUCAUUAAAUUGUGAUAAAAUAAAGUAUAUUAUUGUAAAAAGUAUUUUUAAAUGCAGGAAAAUCUGUUUUUUUAUAGGGUUAUCAUCUUGAUGAGUGUUAUGCAAAAAUGCUCUAAAGUGUUAUUAUAUAUUAUUUCAUAUUUUAUGACAGCAACCUGCAAACACUUAUUUCACAGCUUUCAGUUGUUGAGAUAAUUAACAUGCUAUUUAUUUACAUACAAAAACAAUCCUAAAAGUGAAAAUAAAUCAUAAUUACAUAAUUCAUAUUCACUCCAUUUAAAAUUGAUGUAAAAAUUCUAAUUUUGAUAGUUGAUUGAAGAUAUUGAUUGAUGGUGUGGUCAAUGGGGGACAAUUAUUAUUGUCAGUUUUAAAAUUGAUGGGUAGAAACCAUAAUUAGUUAUGCGAUUUGGAUUGUAAAUACGAUUAACUGUUCAUAGAGAAUAUUCAGACGAAUUGGAUACAAAUUUAGACUACUGAUGUGAACAUGCAAAUACAUAGUAGUUUUUGUACAAGUAUCAUUAUUGUUAGGUCAAAUUUAGCCGCUUUCUGCGGGAAAAUUCUUGUGGCAGGCUGCUCUGAUUGAUAGUUUUUUGUUGUUUCUCUAAUUAAUACUACGUGAAUUCUGGAGCAGUACGCUAACAGACUGUGGGCAAUCUUUGUGUUAUCUUCCUUGUCCUUUCCUCUUGCCUCACACAUGCAUGCAUGCACGCACGUGUGCGCACACACACACACACAAUGUUGGGAGAUCAGUGAGGAGUUUAGAUAGGGAUAAAAGGUAAUGACUGACUAUGGCUGGUGAUGAUUGACCAAGUUAAAGGAGAAUUACUCUACUUCACGUUCAAUGCCAGUAGUUGGUUAUAAAUAGAACAAUGUUAGAAUUAAUGUAACUGAACUUGUUUCUCGCUGGAGUGGUGCCCCAAUGGGGUAUAUACCUGGUGUCGACAUUUGGGUCACUGUCUGAUAUUAACCUCCAGCUAGGAGAAAUAAUACUCUCAUGAUGAAAUAUUCAUUGCACUAACUAGGCCAAUGACUAUAGUAGUUAAUGUGCCCAGAAACAUCCGCCAAUAAAUCAUUUGUAAAUCAUUGUGUUCUUUGAUAUCCCAUAGUACUUAGACAGGUAAAUGUUG